AUGCGGAGAGCAGCGGGCUUCCCAGCCCUGUGCCUGCUCUUCGGUCUCCAGUCUGCAGGGUGCUUUUCAGGAAACAAUGAUCGCAUUUUGGCAAUUCAUCAUAAGAGGACUGGGAAGCCAGCAUUCCUUUAUCACCAUUCACAAGACAUUGAGAAGAGCCUGGAUAUAGCUCCACAAAAGAUAUAUAAGCACUCUUCUUCAGAAACUCAAGUAAACAGAAACCACCAAAUUGUCAAUUCAGCAUUUCUUAGGCCUGCGUAUGAUCCAUCUCUCAAUCUGUUGGCCGUGGCUGGUCAAGAUCCUGAAGUUGAAAACCUUCCAAUCCCUGCAGCAAAUGUAAUCGUGGUGACACUGCAAAUGGAUGUCAACAAGCUGAACAUAACCUUGCUCCGAGUAUUCCUCCAGGGAGUGGCGGCCGCUUUAGGACUCUUACCCCAGCAAGUGCACAUCAACCGCCUCAAUGGAAAGAAGAACAGCGUGGAACUCUUCGUGUCUCCCAUAAACGGAAAAGGAGGCGUGUCUGACGCCCUGCCUUCUGAGGAAGUGCUGCGCUCACUUAACACCGAUGUCUUGCAUCAAAGUUUGUCCCAAUUUGGAAUCAUAGAAGUUUCUCCUGAGAAAAAUGUGCUCCAAGGGCAGCAUGAAGCGGACAAAAUCUGGAGCAAAGAAGGAUUCUAUGCGGUUGUCAUAUUUCUCAGCAUCUUUGUUAUGAUAGUAACGUGCUUGAUGAUUCUUUACAGAUUAAAGGAAAAGUUUCAGCUUUCUUUGAGACAAGAUAAAGAGAAAAAUCAGGAGAUCCACCUGUCACCCCUCGCUUUACAGCCAGCACAGACUGAGGCAAAGAUAGUCAACAGCAUGGUCCAGCCUGAGCAGGCGCCGAAGAUUCUGAGUGUGGUCGUGGACCCUCAAGGUCGAUACGCUCCUGAGAUCAAAGCUACCACCUCUGUCUGCCCUUCUCCUUUCAAAAUGAAACCCAUCGGACUUCAAGAGAGAAGAGGGUCCAACGUAUCUCUUACAUUGGACAUGAGCAGCUUGGGGAAUGUGGAACCCUUUGUGGCUGUACCAACCCCACGGGAGAAGGCAGCAAUGGAGUAUCUACAGUCUGCCAGCCGAAUUCUCACAAGAUCACAGCUGAGGGACGUCGUGGCAAGUUCACAUUUACUCCAAAGUGAAUUCAUGGAAAUACCAAUGAACUUUGUGGAUCCCAAAGAAAUUGACAUUCCACGUCAUGGAACUAAAAAUCGUUAUAAGACCAUUUUGCCAAAUCCCCUCAGCAGAGUGUGUUUAAGACCAAAAAAUGUAACUGAUGCACUGAGCACCUACAUUAAUGCUAAUUAUAUUAGGGGCUACAAUGGCAGAGAGAAAGCGUUCAUCGCCACGCAGGGCCCCAUGAUCAACACCGUGAAUGACUUCUGGCAGAUGGUUUGGCAGGAAGAUAGUCCUGUGAUUGUUAUGAUCACAAAACUCAAAGAAAAAAAUGAGAAAUGUGUGUUAUACUGGCCCGAAAAGAGAGGGAUUUAUGGAAAAGUCGAGGUUCUGGUUAUCAAUGUCAAUGAAUGUGAAAACUACACUGUUCGGAACCUCGUCUUAAAGCAAGGAAGUCACACCCAACAUGUGAAGCAUUACUGGUACACCUCAUGGCCGGAUCACAAGACUCCAGACAGUGCCCAGCCCCUUCUACAACUCAUGCUGGAUGUGGAAGAAGACAGACUUGCUUCCGCAGGCCGAGGGCCUGUGGUUGUCCACUGCAGUGCAGGGAUAGGUAGAACAGGGUGUUUUAUUGCUACAUCCAUUGGCUGUCAACAGUUGAAAGAAGAAGGAGUUGUGGAUCCGCUAAGCAUUGUCUGCCAGCUUCGGGUAGACAGAGGCGGGAUGGUCCAAACCAGUGAGCAGUAUGAAUUUGUGCAUCAUGCUCUGUGCCUGUACGCGAGCAGACUUUCCGCAGAAACCGUCCAGUGA